GGCAUUGCUGGCCUCGCCGCAGCUGUCGCACUGCGAGAGCACAACGUCGUCGUCCUCGAGCAGUCGCGCCUCAAGGAGGAAGUCGGCGCCGCCAUUCACCUCGGUCCGAACGCGUCCAAGAUCGCGCUCGAGUGGGGCCUCAGUCUUGAGCGUCUGAACAGCCCCGAGGUCAACUUUUACCACGAGAUGUCGUCGGCCGGCCCGACGCACUUCAAGAUCCCGAUUCGCGCCCGCGAGGAGUUUGGCGCACCUUGGCUGCUCAACCACCGCGUCGACCUGCACGCCGAGCUCUUGCGCCUCGCGACCCGCGAGGACGAUCAGACUGCUCCUGCAGUCGUCCGCACUGCGUCCCGGGUCGAGCGCAUCGAUCCCGCUUCUGGCACCGUCUACCUCGUGUCGGGUGACGUCCUGACCGCAGACGUCAUCGUUGCCGCCGACGGCAUCCACAGCGUCGCUCGCGCCGCCGUCGUCGGCAGCGACCUGUCCGCCAAGGCGUCGGGUCACAGUGCAUACCGCGCCCUCAUCCCUCGCGCCGCGUUCGAGGACCAGCCCGAGCUUCUGCGCUUUCUCGACGGCGACGCGACGGGGACCGGAUUCUACACGUGGAUGGCCCAGGACCGCCGACUCGUCGCGUACCCGUGCCGAGGAGGGACCCUGCUCAACAUCGUCGCCAUCGUCCCCGACCGCGAGGCCAAGGACAGCAAGGAGGCCUGGCACGCGGCAGGCAGCAAGGAAGAGCUCCUCGCCUCGUUCUCGGAAUUCUGCGACGACGCCAAGGCGCUCCUGCAACGCGUCGAGUCCUGCGCACUGUGGCAGCUGCGCGAGCAAGACCCGCUCGAGACGUGGACCAAGGACCGGGUGAUCCUCAUUGGCGACGCGGCGCACGCCAUGCUUCCUCACCAAGGCCAAGGCGGCGGGCAGGCCAUCGAGGACGCCGAGGCGCUCAAGGUCGUCCUGCCGCUCGGAACGCUCGCGACCUCGGUCCCUGAACGCCUCAAGAUCGCGCAAGAGAUCCGGUACGAGCGCGCGACCCUCAUCCAGGGCUACUCGCGCAGCAAGGCGCUCGGCCCUCGACCAGGCGAGGAGAUCGUCAACGCGCAGGAGUACGCUCACUACAACUUUGGCUACAACGGCGCUCGCGCGUGGGCCGAGUCGCACGGCAUCGAGCUCUGA